ACAAUUUACCAACCCAUUUGCAAUUAAAUUUAAUUUUUUGAAAUUAUUAUUAAAAACAAUAUUUCGUGCAGACCCAUGAAAUUUUACACUUCCAAUCAAAAACUAUGGAUGUGAAAUUGAGUGUGAAAUUGUUCAUAAAUCAUUGAUAAUCAAUAUAUAUAUAUAUAUAUGCAAAGGAGGUUUAAAUGAAUUAGUAUGGAUUUCAAUACUGUGUCCUAACAUUUGAUGGAAUGGUUCAAUUUCUGAUGAGUUUCCUCUGUGGACUUUUGACAAACACAUAACACACAUUACAUAGAUUCCCCAUAAAGAGAAUUCACCAUAUUCUAUUCAAUGUGUAUCUUCCACAUACACAAUAACAUGAAAUGAAAUGAAAAUGCAUCAGAACCAAGUCUUUGUUCAUACUCUUCUUCCCUUCGUUUUUGUACUUAAAACUUGAGCUCCCUUGCAAAUAAGGGGAUCAUUUAUUAUUUUGUUGUGCUGUGUUGUGUGUUGUUCUUUGUUCAUACUCUUCUUCUUCUCCCUCCGCCCUUUUGUUUGAUGCUCUCUUGAUAAUGUUGUUUUUACAUUUUAUUCUGGUAUAAAGUUAAGUUGGCACCAUUAAAAUCUAGGGUUGAUACCUGCAUAGAUGUUGAAUUCUAGCUACUUCAUGUAACUAGUUGGCCAAAUUCAGAUUCAAAAAGGGAACCAGAAUUGGGCUAAUUUCAACUGAAACAGAAAAAUUUUGGGAAAUUUAGAAAGUUCAGUUGCCCGGUCUGGAAGAUGUAAUAGUAAUAAAGAGUCAGCCUUCACCCAAACCAUCGCCACAACAUUGGGAGCACAGAUUACACUCUAAUAAUGAUAAACAAAUAAAUAAUGGUACAAGUCAGGAUACAAAAAUGAAGCAAUUGAAGGAUUUAUUCAGAGAGAGAGAGAAUGUAGAUUUAUGUGUACAAUCUGAGUUAAGGACGCUUGCAAAUUAAGCUUGAUAAUGGAGUGUUGAAUUCUGGUUGAAUUUAGUCACUGAAGGUUAACUAACAAAGUUUGAGUUUAAUUUAUCUGAUGUUCAUGUUCCCAAUGGUUCGUGACUCUGAAAGAAUGUAAUAAUCUUGCUAGCAAGUGUUAUACAAUGAUCAACCAGGAAAAAGCCACUUAAAGCAUGAAAAGUGAGUUUGAGGGAUUUCAGAUUCUGUAAAACAGCUUUUGUGUCUGCAUUAUAACAGUUGGGGCUGCCCUAAAGCUUCCAGCAGCAAGAUUUACCAGAUCAUUUCCCAUGAAUGAAAUGUUACAAGAGACAGAGUCGUGUUGCCAUUGUUGUUAAGGCUACAGGUGAAAGCUCUGAAUCUUCGACUUCUCUGAGUAUUGUUAAAUCCGUACAAAAUGUUUGGGAUAGCUCUGAAAAUCGGCUUGCUCUGAUAGGACUGGGAUUUGCUGCAGUUGUAGCUGUUUGGGCAUCUGCAAAUCUAAUUACAGCAAUUGACAAACUUCCUCUUAUCCCAAGUGCAUUUGAAUUCAUUGGGAUAUUAUUUUCUUCGGGUUCUCUCUGUUUCAGUGGUUCAUAUAUCGGUAUCUCCUGUUCAAACCUGACAGGGAAGAGCUAUUGCAAACCGUUAAGAAGUCUGUAUCAGAUAUCUUGGGCCAGUAAUUUGCAGGCGGGUGAGAAAGCCUGUGUAAUUGAGAGUGUAUUUCUGAAUAUUAGAAUUGUAUUUUGGGUUCAUGUUUGUUGUUGUAGCAAUGAAAAAUCUAUGCAGCAAUUGCACAAUGGGAAUAUUCAGCUUUCAGUAGUGUAUCUUGUAAACAACACUGAACUCAAACUCAUGUUGUUUGCUUAAUGGUGUACUAAAUUUCAGCCUUCUUAUUUCACCCA